AUGAAGAGCUUUUGCCCCAUAGUUUCUUUUCUUUUAUUGUUUACUCUUAUUUUAACAAGUUGUGUAUUUUCUCAAACACAAAAGUGUCGUCCAAAUGGUAGAAUCAGGGGAAAGAAAGCUCCAUCAGGACAAUGCAACAAAGAGAAUGACUCUGACUGCUGUGUCCGAGGUAAAAUGUACACAACUUAUGAGUGUUCACCAUCAGUGUCUCCUCAUACUAAGGCUUAUCUCACACUUAAUAGCUUUGAGAAAGGUGGAGAUGGAGGUGGCCCUUCAGCAUGUGAUAAUCAGUACCAUUCUGAUGACACUCCUGUUGUUGCACUUUCCACCGGGUGGUUCAACGACAAGAGCAGGUGUUUGAACAAGAUUACUAUAAGUGCUAAUGGAAAAAGUGUGGUGGCCAUGGUUGUUGAUGAGUGUGACUCCACAAUGGGAUGUGAUGAAGAACAUGAUUACCAACCUCCAUGUCCAAACAACAUUGUGGAUGCUUCCAAGGCAGUGUGGGAAGCUUUAGGUGUUCCUAAAGAUCAAUGGGGUGGCCUUGACAUUACAUGGUCAGAUGCUUGA